AUGAGCGCGCCGCCUCCGCCUCCGCCGCAUGGCGAGGGGCCCAAGUCGUCGGGUUUGCCGCCCGGCAACUACGACAUAUUCGUGAUUCCCCAGCACUCGUCUGGCUCCGGCUUUCUUUACCUGCCAUCGCUGCAGCCAAAUGUCAACAGCUUCGUGGCUGGCUUCGCCUCGGCGCUGAUAUUCGUUGCCUUGUUCCAGUCCGUGGGACCAGCCCUGAAGAUGUGGCUCAAUGGCGCUGGCCUGGGAGGAACGGGCAUGACCACGCUGCUGUUGGGGGUUGCCAUAGGUGCCUGGGCCCUGGGACGGAUGCAGACCGGUGGACCGGUGCCUGUGGCGAGUUCGGACGGUAAUAGACGCGGAUCCGGCCCGGGGGGCUUCGGCAAUGGACAUGGGCCUCACGGCGCAAACGGCGGACACGGUAGCUUCAGAGGCCCCAACACAGGAGGGCGCCCUGACACCGACGGGGCUCCGCCGCCGCCGCCGCCUCACAGUCAUUCCACCAACGGCGCGCCUCCUCCUCCGCGGCAUGAUAGGUCUCAGGGUUCCUGGAGGAAUGCGAAUGCGGAGGCCCAACCCGAAGAGGCGCCUCGGCCGCCGAAACACGAAAGUGAGCCAGCCUCCUCUCCGUCCCAGCGCUCGUCAUAUCAAAAGGACGCGCCACCUCCGAACCCCAAGUCACCGGUAGACACAGAGAAGCAGCGGCCACGCCAGCCUCCGCCGCCAUCGGAGGAAAAGCCGUCUGUCCCUGAGCCGGAGAAACCGAAGAAGAAGAAGAAGAAGGUACAGCCGCCAGAAGAGACGAGGCCGGCCCCGGAGCCGGACAAGUCCCCUUUAAGCGCUGAGCAGAGGCGGUUUGGCUUCGAGAAGAUGGCGCCAGUGCUCGAGAAGAACCCUCCAGAGCUUGACAAGAAACGGCCAUCUUCCCCGGAAAAAAAGCACCCGGUUGCUCCAGCAGACACAAAGAUACCUCUUUCGCAUGAAAGGAAGAAGAGCGUGCCUGAGAUGGGAAAGAUGGCGGACUUGGAAAGGAGAUCGUCUCUAAGUCCGGAGAAGACGGCAUCGCCGAAGCCAGCAUCCAAACUACCUCGUAUGCCAGACUUGGCACCAAUCCCUCCCUUUCGGCCAGAUCCUCGUCCAGAGAAGCAGCAGCAAACACCUCCCAAGCCAGAUCCUCCAGCACCUAUCGAAACUCGUCAUAAACCGCCGACGCCGCCGCCGCCGCCAACCGAACCCGAACCCGAGAAGAACCUGUCUCCUCCUCCUCCGGAGAUGAAGAAGGCCGAUACGCCAAAGGGAACAUGGGAGAAGGCGCGCGAAGAAAUGCGAAAGAAGGAAGAGGAGAGGAGGCUGAAAGAGGCAGAGCAGAAGCGCCGCGAAACGGCAGCAAAGAAGCUCCUUGAACUGCGAGCCAAGGAGGCAAAGGAGCGACAGGAACGUGAGAAGGAGAAGCAGCAAAGGGAGGCGGAACAGAAAGCAAGGGAAGAGGCGGAGAGGGUUGAGGCGGAGAGGAGGCGCCAACAGGAAGAGUUGGAACUGGCCAGACAGCGGGAGAGGGAGGCCAAAGAAAGAGAAGCAAUAGAGAGGGAAGCCAAGUUGAGGGAGGCUAGAGAACGAGAGGCGAGGGAAAGGGAAAGGCGAGAAAGGGAAGUUAGAGAAAGGGAGGAGAAACGAAGGAAAGAGGCUGAAGCCAAGGCAGCCGCCGAAGCCCGAGCUGCAGCUGAGGCCAAGGCAGCUGCUGAGGCCAAAGCCGCGAUGGAGGCCAAGAUUAUUGCGGAUGCCAGAGCCGCCGUCCAAGCUAGAGCCGAGGCCGAGGCGAAGGCUGCCGCAGAAGCCAAGGCGGCUGCCGAGGCCAAGGCGGCCGACUUUCGAUCGAGCCGAGUCGGCAGCACAUAUGCGUACUCCAGCGUUGGCGAGAAGAUAAGCAUGUGGCCAAACGGCCGGCCUCCUGUCCCUCCGUCUCCUUCGACAUCCUCCCCUUCCGUGGUCUCGUCGGCAGCCUCCAAGGUGUCCGAACGGAGUGACCGGAGUGACCGAACAGAGCGAACAGAAAGAUCGGAGAGACACGAACGAUUCGACAGGGGAGAGAGCCCUACCAAACGAGCACCUCCGCCCGCCGCCCCAUCCGAGGCCCCCUCGUCUGCCUCUAGAAUAUCAGACAACUCGGCGAGACGAUCAGUUCCUCCCCCUCCCCCUCCAAAGUCGUUUGUCAGUAGCAACAGCAGCUAUGUGGAAUCGGACACGUACUCUUACAGGCCCUACGACCAACCGAGCAAACCACAGCACCAGCACCAGCACCAGCACCAGCACCCGCACCAGCACCCGCACCAGCACCCGCACCAGCACCCGCACCAGCACCCGCACCAGCACCCGCAGCCGCCGCCACCUCCGCCAUACGACCACCAGUCGUCGCCUAACAAGCCGAGACAUAGGAAGUCGACGUCUUCUCUCACAGGCUCUGACGCAUCGUGGGCAGCCUCGCAGACAACAGCACGAACCACCCCGCCGCCCUCGAUACGGUCUCACUACACGACUGAUGAUCCUGACAAGAUUGUGAUCCAGUCCGUUUACCUCUUCAUGAACCAGUUCACCAAGACGCCGGCCAGUCAGCUCAUAUCAGGAGUUGGCACGGUGACGGAUGGACUGAUUCUUCGAAUCACCACGGAGGGACUCUUCAUCGACGACGACGUCCGCGGCGUGCCCCAGCGCGAGUGGGACGUCAAGGCCUGGACGCUCAAGCUUGUCGAGGUGUGGUGCCUGCCGCAUUGUCUGACUGCUCCGCCACCACCAGCUGGAUCUGCAACCGGCAAAAGCUCUGGCUUCCUUCACAAAAUGGCCGGCAGAAGUCGCCAGUCGGAUCGGGACGGCCCCAACGCCUUUACGGGCGAUGAGGCUGACCUGUACCUGGCGGAGAUGCUCCAUGCGUGCAGAGAGUGCUGCCGGCAUGGCAUGUGCGAUCGCACGUUCAAGAACCUCAACAUCCCAUCAACGGCCGGGCAGACUGGUGAAUGGAAGUCCAAGGGCCUGCAUGUCCUCCGGGCGACGGUGCGCGACCAAGAAGGCAAGCGGUACCUCUUUAUUGUGGAGGAAACCGAGGGCUGGAAGCUCGCGGUCGGACUGCAGCGGCUGAGGCGCGGAACCCAAGUGCGACAGUUGGGCGUGGCUAGUUUGCCGCCCGCUGAAGCUCGCGGCACGUUGGAGAUGCUGGGCUGGGUUGCGUGA